GGUGUGGCAUUCACAUCCCAACGCUCAUGUGGUAACAUCCAGUAUCUCUUGGCUGCCCCUGCACACUGGACUGACUCCAGGGAUUUGAAGUGGACAGGACAGACAGACAGAGAAACAGAGUGCUUAUAUGCUGGAGAGAGAUAAGUCAGUUACGAAGUAGGAGGAGAAAAGAGUAGAGAUCAAGAGAAGAAAGGGAGAAGCAGGUGAGAAAGUGGAAAAAGGCAUCUAGAAGAAGCAGAAAGGUAGCUUAGCUGUCUGUACACUUCAAAUCCACCGACAUGGCUACUAUGGAAGCACUGGAAUUCACGAGUGCCCUGAUGGAGCCUCAAACCCUGACUGAGAUCUCAGACGAUGAGGUCAACGCCCCCCCCUCAGAUGACGAAGACGAUGCCCUCGCCGCAGUCAAGAAAGAGCUGUCCAUCAUGGGUACAGAGGGGGAUUCCGCCGAAGACAAGGACGAAGCUGGAAAGCAAGACACCCAGGUGAACGGGGUGAUGGUUCUGACUUUGCUCGACAAGAUCAUCGGGGCGGUGGACCAGAUCCAGCAGACCCAGAGCGGGCUGGAGGCCAGGCAGCAGGAUAUGGAGCGCUCGGUGAACAGCAUUCAGGGCGAGCUGACCAAACUGUCGAAGAGCCACAGCACUACGUCCAACUCCGUGAACAAGAUGAUGGAGAAAGUGCGCAAGGUCAGCGUCAACGUCAAGACCGUGCACGCCACCCUGGAGAAGCAAGGAGGCCAGAUCAAGAAGCUGGAGAACAACGAGUCCGAGCUGCUCAAGAGACGCAACUUCAAAGUCAUGAUCUACCAGGUAAGAGGAAGGGUGUGGCCCAUUGCUGAGCCCUACAAAUGUUUGCGCUCUUGA